AUGUGUACUGGGAGUUGUGCCAAGUGUCUGGGGGGCACCCUCAUCCCCCUAGCUGUGUGCGGCUUCCUGGCUAAUGUUCUGCUGUUCUUCCCCGGAGGAAAAAUUAUAGACAACAAUGAACACCUUACCCAGGAGAUCUGGUAUUUCGGAGGAAUACUCGGUAGCGGGGUCUUGAUGAUCUUCCCUGCACUGGUGUUCCUGGGCCUGAAGAACAAUGACUGCUGUGGAUGCUGUGGUAAUCAGAGCUGCGGGAAGCGAUUUGCUAUGUUCACCUCCACAAUAUUUGCUGCAAUUGGAUUUUUGGGUGCAGGAUAUUCAUUUGUCAUCUCAGCCGUGGCAAUUAAUAAGGGUCCUAAAUGUCACAUAAGUAGUUUGAAUAUCUGGGGCUACCCCUUCUCUGACGGGAAUUACCUCAGUGAUACGAAUUUAUGGAACAAGUGCUCAGACCCUGUCAAUGUGGUACCCUGGAAUCUGACCCUCUUCUCCAUCCUGCUGGUGAUUGGAGGAAUCCAGAUGGUCCUUUGUGCCAUCCAGGUGGUCAACGGCCUCCUGGGGACCCUCUGUGGAGACUGCCAGUGUUGCGGCUGUUGUGGGGGAGACGGACCAGUUUAA